AUCAGUGGAAGAAGGGGUCUGUAUCCAUUACCUGACACCAAUUUCACCUGCGCGCGUCAAUCAAGCCGCUUUCGUUACACAACACAUCACUUUGGUUGGUUGUUCUUUUUAAGGGAGGUAACGCAAACGGCCAUAUUGACAUCCCAUUGGAAAACACACUGCAGCAUCGGAGUGACGCAGCAUGGAAUUCCCACAUUUCAGAUGAUCACGACCGGAAUGCUGUCUGUAAAAUAAAAUUACGGGGACUAUCGGAGCUAAAACGGUGAAAUUGAAGUGAAAUAAGCGGGAAUAAGUUGUAGUUUCUGUGCUGAGCCUCAAGGGGGCGAUGUCUGACAACAGCAGCAGCACAGGCAGCAGCCGCAGCGGAUCCUUGACCAGCAGUUGGACUAUGCUGUCCCCAGAGGCAGAUUCAAACAAAUGCUGAAAGUAAUUAAAAUCCAGGUCUGGUGCCAACUGUAAUGACGAGAAUAGGCUGCUCACCUCAACACAGUAUUGGAUGUCAGGAAGCUGCUGAAAUUGUUAAUCCUGUGGAUGAUGGGACUGAGAGGCUUUGUGAUGUUCCUAGUCUGUCAGAGGAAGUCGCAGGGGCCACUGUGGAGUCUAAGCAGAGUGACCCAGAGACUCCAAUAGAAACAGUGUUGUCAGAGGAGGGCCAACAGGUUUGCCAGGAAAUGGCUCCUGAUACCUGUGAGGGUCCUGUCCCCUCCAGACCUAUCCUGUUAAGCCCAUCCCCGACUAGCGGUGUGCCCCUUGACCAUGACCUGGAGAGUCAACCUGAACCCCCCAUCAUCCAUUCUAUGGUAACCAGCUCCCCCACUGACAAUGAGCAGUUCGCUGCCAUGCCCUUUGUCACUCAUGUCGACCUGGUUGUGCCAUUGGAUGCAUCCUUCACAGAACCACCCCCCUCAGAGGUUGAGCUUGAGUUAAGCCCCGUCCCUGAGAGCUCUCCUCUUGAUACCCACACUGAUACAGGCCCUGUACCUGAGAGUAUUGCCCUAGAGACUAGUGCCCCUAGUGCCGAACAUGACAUAAGCAUUCACACAGAGACUCCCACCCCAACGGGCCCCCCAUCUGACACUGUCACUGAUAUUGGCCCUGCCCCAGAACCACAUGCUGCUCCAGAAAGCCCAGCCCCUGAUAGUCCUCCUCCAGAUACCAUUGGUUCAGAGGAUGCAGCACAAGAGCCAUCACUGGAAACGGUGGAGACAGAAUUGCCUGAAAAAGUGACUCAUAUACCAAAGGAAAAAGAAUCUCCCAGUAGCUUUGACUUUGGAAGAGCUGACACGAGUGCUGAGGAAGGAAAUGGUCUGAGGAGGAGAAAUGUGGCACCAACAAUGACAUCGGAGGAGGAUGAUGAUGAUGAGGAGGAGGUGGAGUUCAAACUGGCAGAGAGGAAAGGGGGAAAGAAGGGCUUCUCUAUGAACACAUGCAUUGUGGCAGCCCUGGUCCUGCUCUGUCUAGGGUCCCUCUUCCUCUCCGAUGACUCGGAUGGGCUGAGUGGGGCAGAACAAAACCAGGACUGGCUAAACAAUCCUCAGAAGAUGAAGGAGCUUUUGGACAAACUGACACAAGAAAAUCAUCAAAUCUCCCAGUUAGAAACACAGCUUCAGGCCCAUAAAGAAGAACUUGACUCGGCACUAAAUGCAGGAUCAGCAACGGGUAAUGAAAACGGAAAAGGAGAUCUGGAGCAAGAAAAUACUAUGAAAGAAGAGCUGUCAUCCCUGCCUGGCCUGAAGGAGGAGCUGGAGUCGCUGAGGGCCAGAGUGACCGAACUGUCCCAACUCACUGCAGCCAACCAGGACACAGCCCCACUGCCCUCAAGCCCAACUCCACCACCUACUGGCCAACCUGGAAUUAGCAACCAGAGUAGCACCACAGUAGUGCCCGAAAGGAGGAGUGACCUGAGAGCGCGUGCCAGGGUGAAGGAAGAGCUUCAGAGGCAGAAGGCGCUGUUGGAGGAAAGCAGGAAGAGACUGGAGGGGAGGAAGAAGGAUGAAGGGUACCAGAAGAGGGAGAGCCUGGCUGAGAUCCAGAGGAGGCUCAGUGAGCAGGUGGCGAAGAUGGGGAAGAGGAGUGAGGGCAAGAAAAAGCCAUGGGAGAGCAGGAACAAGAAGGAUGGGAAAAAAGGCAAGGACAACAGCAAAGGCCACUGGAAAAAGGAAGAGAAGGAGUGGAAGGGAGAGAAGUACUGGAAACACAGCAAAGACAUGGAGGGCAGAUGGAAGGAGAAAGAUGAGAGAAAGGUGAGGGACUGGAAGGCCAACAAAGAAAACUCUCAUAAAGAGGCCUGCAAGAAAUCCCAGGAUGAAUGGGAGAGGGAGAAGAACGAGCGCAGGCUGGACAGGGAUAAAAGAAAGCAGGAGAGACCCUGGAAGUCCAGGAAAGAGUCCAAUCAUCACCAUCAACAAGACUCCAACCAUCAGGAGCAACAUCAGCACCACCAGUAUGAACACACCAGCUUCUGGAAGCACCAGGAAGAGAAACUUGGACGAAACGUUCGCCCCCUGGUGGGUUGCAGCAGUGUUGAGGACUGCGCUAGCCAGGAAGGGCUCUUUCCUGUGGAACUGUCUGAAUUCGAGGAGUUGUUAGAUGGCUACCUGAGCAAGCUGGAGAGGGCUACGUCGGACAGCAAGGCCGAGAUCCAGAAGCUGGCCGCCAUGUUUUUCCGAGACGGUGUGUUCGUCCAUGACAAAGUUCUCUUCAGUGACUUCGCUGAAGAUGUGGCGGAAAUUUUAGAGGACAUGGUGGACAUUUUGGAGGUUGAUGGGCAGGAUGAUGACGGCCUGGAGGAGGCGAUGGAGGAGUUUGAACGAGAAGCUUUGUGGAAGUUUGCAGCCACUACAUAGAUAGCAAUAAUUCAGAAGAAAAUGCAACAUCAAGAUACAGCAAUGGUAUUACAUGGUGGUAUACAGCAGGUAUUUUAAGGCUUCUGGAACAAGGAGUGAUCUUGCAUCUCGUAAACAUGUCCCUAUCUCUGCAUCUAUAAUUAGCUGAAAUCGUUCUUGUCUUUCGGGACUCGGUCGUUACCUCCUUAUGUCAGUUCAUGUCAUGUCUUCAAUGCCAAGCCCUACAUGUUGACAGUUGUGUAGAGUUGAUUUGCAUAUAGGGGUUGGCACUUGUAAUGUCGCGGUUCAAGAUCAAAACAGGAUAAGAUUCACAGCAAUGUGAACUCUAUGCUCCCACAACAACUGAUUGCUGAUCAGUCUCUCCUCUGUUGUCAUCGUUAGGAUCAGAUCUAGUUGAACCGGUUCUGUAUCAGCUCCGUUAGCUUCUGUUGUAUCAGCUCUGCAAACAUACAGUGCUGUGUAGGCGCUAGGCCCUUAGUGGUUGGUUUCUGUUUUUUGCUAAUUGUCUUAACAUUUGAGUAUAAUGGUUGGUGAAAGCAGAACAUUCUGGAACAUUUUAAUGAAAGCAGAAGGUGCCCUGCCAAGUCAGGACGGAGGCCCAGCUCUGCUGCCUCAAUCGCAUUGGCACAAGCAGUAGUUCUUACUACUUAUUCACACUGAGAUCAUGAUUGUGGUGUCCUAAUGUGGCUGGAAUCAAUUCUAAUAUAGCUCAGUGUACUAUGCUGAGUUAGACAUGUAGAUAAAGGAGUGCAAAACCAAAUUGACAAUUUGACACAUCUGAACUAUUGUUUUUGACACAUUUUGAUCAAUCAAUGGUAUUUUCAAUAAGCACUGUUAUUGGUUGCAUUUUCCUUUUUAUAGUUAUUUUGAUUACGGUGAUGUAACCUGGAAUAUAUGUCUAUAUGAGAUCGGUUUAACUGAUGUUUUGUCACGCAAUGCCAUUUACGCAAUGCCAGAUUUCAAAGUCAAACUAACUACAAGGUUAUGACAUUAGUACAUAUUAAAAGUAAUAGUUGGUACUUUACAAGAGUUGAACCUGUACACAUUUCAGGAUGACUGUUUUUAUGUUUAUCUGUUGUCAGACUCACUAUCAAUUACAUUAGGCUUUCAGGUUUUCAUAGCUUUUUUUGUGUUUUUUUUAAAGAACGAUAAGACUAGUCCCUAAUUUUGCUUAGCAUUUUAACAUCAAACCAACACUAGCUGUUCAAAUGUCAUAUGUCCUUUUAAAGUAUAUAAUGUCAAAGAAAUUGCUUAAGAUUUAUUUUUAAGAUUUUGUUUCUGCCAGCUAUGUGCCUUUUUUUAUUUUUUUAUGUCAAUUUUCACACUUGGAUUGACAGUGUUUGACAAACAACUAAAUUGGUUUGCUUCUGUAAGCUUAAGAAUUCAAACUAUUUGUUAACUUGAUUGGUGUAUGGUCCAGUUAUUUUUUUGUUGGUCUUUUGUGAAGAGAGAAAAUGUAGGAGGAUACUCCUUUUGUGAAUUUAAUUAGAUAUAGUAAGUAAUAUUUUAUGUUUUUGGUUGAAUUUAAAACCUGUAAAUGUAAAUUCAUUGUUCAAGCUUUUUGACCAAAGAAGUCUAGCGACGAUGUGGAUAAAUACUUAAAAUAAUAAGCAACUUGAGAGAUUAUAAACAAACUGCAUAAGAUGAGGAAAUUAAAUUUUUUCAACUCUCCAAAAUGCACAUGAUUACAUAUGUAACAAAAUGUUAUUUUACAAUGGACAUAUAAUUUAGGAGUCGGGACAAUCCCAGUUUUAGCAUUUAAUAAAAUCGAGUCUCAGCAGCCA